AUGUCGUUCUUUGGCUCCUCUUUUGAACAAACGCUAGCACCGGUUUCGCAGGCUAAGGCAGCUUGCCUUCCGACUCACAUGACCGCCUCAAGUGCAGACAUGCCGUACACAGCUCAUGUUCUUUUUUCUUUACUGCGGGAUGAAACUCACGCUCAGCUGACACGGGUUCAGAACACAAUAGAGACGUCCUGCAACGCUGUAAAGGAUCAGCUCAUACAGGUAAUUCUUGGGGAGAAUUCCUUCCGUCAAGAGCAGUUUUCAGAGCUUAUUGGAGCAACCAACUCAAUUGCUACAGGGCUGGAGCGGUUUACACAGCAGCUUAGGGAUAUAAGUGCCCAGAUUAAGGGAGUGGAGGGCCAAAUACAGACUCUAAUGGCGGAGCUGGAAGCGGUAGAAGGUCGCUUGGAUGAAUCGCUCAGGGGAAAAAUCGAUUCUGCUCGCAUAGAAAUAACUGCCUACAUUUCAUCACUUUCCAACAGCAUGAAAGCAGAAGGUGAAAAGGUUAGACAAAAGGGUCAAGUAGUAGAUGGUGACACGGGUGCAAAGGCUAAUGAGGGCGCUCACCUGAAUGCGAUAAGCUACCAAGGGUUUGCGCAGCAUCUGAGCAACAUGGGUACACAAAUAACAAUGACUCAGCCGUUUAUACCGGCGCCAGACCUAUCAACAAGAAGUAAUAGCGACCUCAUCUAA